UUGACGCGUGUGGACACAGUACAAGGACUCUCCAGAGCCGCGAUCAUCCAUCCACUCGUGCAGACCCUCUCCUUUCAUUUGAAAGCUUCAUUGCCACUCUGGAUUUGAACAGGAGGUCCAAGGCGGCGAGCAACUGUGGAAUAACUCACACUUUUAUUUCAACAAUUAUUCCAGAGGAGCUUGCGGUUCCUGAUAAUGUAAGGAUACACCCCUAAUAUUGUUAUGACUGAAAACAUUUUUUAAAGGAACUAUAAAAAAAAAAAAAAACUAUAAUAAUUAAAAAAAAAAAAAAAACAAGAGAAAGUGGACUUAUCAAAAAACAACACAACAUAUCCAAUAUACGGUUCGUGUACUCAUUCAGUCUGAAACCCAUGUUUUUUGGAGGGAUUUUGUGAAUCUCGCACCGAAGUUUGGGCAUUGGCACGGACCUGCGGACCACAUCCAAGGUUCCUGAGGUCCAUCAUUGCAGCCACUGUGCGGCAAGUGUGUCGGAGUUACCUGCCACCCCCACAUCCCUUUUCUUAUCUGACCAACGGUAGCUUGAAUAUUUAAAAGCCAUGACUGGAAUUGUUUUCUGGCCACUUGGAAAUGAAAGGUGGCCACUGACUCAGCCAAUUUUGUAUUUGGUUGCUCUGAUGCUAGCAAGUUGGCCAUGCCUAGCAUCCCCAUUUGCCCCAGAAACUGACUCCUGCUACACCUUAGUCCAAAACCGGUUCUUCGGCUCCUUCCUGUCAUCAUCAAUGUUCCCCAAAGUACCUUGUUCCUGGACUUUGCAGAACCCUGAUCCAAGGCGAUAUACAAUUUUCAUGAAAAUAACGAAACUGGAUGAAAUCUGCAUGCCAUCACAGGUGCUUACCUUCCAAUAUGAAUCAUUUCUAGAGACCACGCACACUUACAUUGGCAUGGAAAGCUUCGAUGAGAUAGUCAAGCUGUGCGAUGCCACUGCUCCAGUGACCUUUCUAGAGGCUGGAAAGCGAUUUGUCCAGAUGCAAAAACGAUUUGUACCAGCAGAUAGCAGUUCUACAGGAAAAGGUGGGGAAUUCAAGUCUGAGUUCCUGGUCGUCAGCAAACGAAACCCCAGCAUGGCAGCCUGCCAAAUGCUGUGCCAGUGGCUGGGAGACUGCUUGACCUCAAGCACAUCCAAAAGACCGUGUGGUAUCAUGCAGACACCAUGUAUGUGCUGGCAGUCUACGGCGAUCAGUGACAGCUGCUACUUCAAUGGACUGUACAUGGGAAAUUGUUUACCUGAAGAGAAAGAGAGCCCAAAAAAUACCCAGGCAAAUGGUGGCUGGAGCAUGUGGGGACAGUGGGCACAGUGCACCAGCGAGUGUGGAGGCGGGAUUCAAACACGGACCCGCCUGUGCAAGUCAGUCACAGAAGAGUCAAACCCCUGUGAGGGAGUGCUAGAAGAAGGUAGACCUUGCAACUCCCAAGACUGCCAGGGCAAGUGGGAACAUCUCUCUCGCAGCCAAUCGCUUCGCUCAGUGGACAGCCGGAAGCGUGAUGAAGUGGACAAGCCUCUCCGCGGUGGGCAGCAGGUCCCUCUGACAGUAGAUUCAGCGUCAGGUGAGGAGUGGUCAGCGUGGAGUGUGUGUUCUGCCACGUGUGGGGAGGGCUGGCAGAGUCGCACUCGUUUCUGUGUGUCCUCCUCCUACAGCACCCAGUGUAGUGGGCCACUGAGAGAGCAGAGACCGUGCAACAACUCUGCUGUUUGUCCAGUACAUGGUGCCUGGGAUGAGUGGUCACCAUGGAGUUUAUGUUCUUCAACCUGCGGUCGAGGUUACAGAUCUCGUACCCGGACCUGCAACCCUCCUCAGUCUGGUGGUGAUCCUUGUGAUGGACCAGAAAAACAGACCAAAUUUUGCAACAUAGCUGUUUGCCCAGUCGAUGGAGUGUGGAACGAGUGGUCCAGUUGGAGCUCCUGCUCAGCCUCAUGUGCCAACGGGACCAUGCAGCGGACCAGAGAGUGUAAUGGUCCAUCAUAUGGAGGGUCUGAGUGCAAGGGAGAGUGGUUGGAAACAGUGGAUUGCUUCCUGGGAGUAUGUCCAGUGGAUGGAAUGUGGCAGUCCUGGUCUUUGUGGUCAGGAUGUUCACAGACGUGUGGUGGAGGAACGCAGGAGAGAACCCGAUCAUGUUAUGGACCCUUUUUUGGUGGUGGCCAUUGUCCUGGGAAUCGAGAAGAGGUGCGCAGCUGUAGUGAAAAGAAAUGCCCUGAACCACAUGAAAUAUGUCCAGAGGACAAUUUCUCAAAUGUUGUUUGGAAAACCACCCCUGCAGGGGACACGGCUGUGGUGCGAUGCCCUCCUAAUGCAAUUGGUCUCAUCCUCCGUCACUGUGGCCUUAAUGAUGAGGGUAAUGCUUACUGGCAGAGUCCCACGUACAUGAAGUGCGUUUCCAAUGAUUAUCGUUUUAUACAGACAAUGACUCGAGAACAUUUGACUAAAGCACAACGAGGCCUGGUGGUCGAUGGGAUUUCUGAGGUGAUGGCAAAGUUGAAGGACACAUCCAGUGAUGGGACCAGCUACAGUGGAGACCUCGUCGCCUCCUUGGACGUGUUGAAGAACAUGACAGAGAUUUUCAGAAGGAUCUACUACAGUCCUAGUGGGGUUGACAUCAGGAACUUUGUCCAGUCGGUCAGCAAUCUGUUAAUGGAGGAGAAUCGAGAGAGAUGGGAGGAGGCACAACUGCUUGGACCAAAUGUCAAAGAAUUGUUUCGGCUGGUGGAAGAGUUUGUUGAUGUCAUUGGCCUGCGGCUGAAAGACUUCCAGGACAUGUAUGAGGUCACAGAAAACCUGAUUCUAAGCAUCCACAAGCGCCCAGUUGUGGGACGCACAGACAUCAGCUUCCCAAUGAAGGGUUGGAGAGGUAUGGCAGACUGGGCCCGGACCUCAAAGGACAGGGUCCACAUACCCAAAAACAUUAUGAUCACAGUUAAGCCAGACUCUGGAGAUUCCUCAACGUUUGUGACUGGAAUUACUCUCUACAGAAACUUGGGCAAUAUCCUCACUCUACACAGAAACGGCACAGUGCUCAACUCAAAAAUUCUCUCAGUGACCAUCAAGCCAUCCCCUGCUGCUCUCACUGCUCCAGUUGUUGUUGAGUUCUCCCACUUGUACAACGGAACCAUCAACCAGACAUGUAUAUCCUUGGAUGAAAGUGACAGCUCCACUCUGUUCGGGUCCUGGUCCGACAGUGGCUGCAGAGCUGUGCUCGUGGAUCCGUUCAGAACCAAAUGCGUGUGUGAUAGACUGUCCACCUUCGCCAUUUUAGCACGUAUCAACCCCGACAUGAGCAUGGAUAAGACCCAGCUUCCAUCAGUGACACUGAUAGUUGGCUGUGGUGUUUCUUCCCUGACCUUGUUGCUUCUCAUCAUCAUUUAUGUGUCUGUUUGGAGGUACAUCCGCUCUGAACGCUCGGUCAUCCUCAUUAACUUCUGUCUGUCCAUCGUCUCGUCAAAUGCUUUAAUCCUCAUCGGACAGACUCAGACAAGAAACAAAAUUGUUUGCACCACGAUUGCAGCAUUUCUUCAUUUCUUUUUCCUCUCCUCAUUCUGCUGGGUACUAACUGAGGCCUGGCAGUCAUACAUGGCUGUCACAGGCCACCUGAGGAACCGAAUAAUCCGCAAGCGUUUCCUGUGCCUAGGCUGGGGUCUCCCUGCCCUGGUGGUGGCUAUCUCGGUUGGUUUCACCAAAGCCAAGGGAUACGGGACACCCAGCUACUGCUGGCUCUCGCUGGAAGGGGGGCUUCUUUAUGCCUUCGUAGGACCUGCUGCUGCUGUAGUCUUGGUUAACAUGGUUAUUGGGAUUCUCGUAUUUAACAAACUGGUGUCCAAAGAUGGCAUUACUGACAUGAAACUAAAGGAGAGGGCGGGUCAGAUGACAGUGCCACUGUACAAUAUGACGCUCAAAUGUGCCAAGUGCGGAAUAAUCUCUUCGGCUGACGUUUCUACCACCGCUACCAGUAAUGCCAUGGCAUCACUGUGGAGUUCCUGUGUGGUCUUGCCACUCCUUGCACUAACGUGGAUGUCGGCAGUGCUCGCAAUAACCGAUCGGCGGUCAGCUCUCUUCCAGAUCGUCUUUGCAGUCUUUGACUCGUUAGAAGGAUUCGUCAUUGUCAUGGUGCACUGCAUCCUCCGACGUGAGGUUCAGGAGGCAGUGAAGUGUCGAGUCGUGGACCGACAGGAGGAUACCAAUGGGGAUUCUGGAGGAUCGUUUCAAAAUGGCCACGCUCAAAUUGUGACUGACUUUGAAAAGGACGUGGACAUUGCAUGUAGAUCAGGGAAGCAGUCAUCACUCCAAGAAGAUGAGAAGGCAUCUUCAGCGAUUCAUCCUCUGCAGAAGGCGUCGAAUUUCAACACCAUGCCUGCCAGCUUGGCCAAAGUCCACCUACAGAACAUGGAUGACCAAACUGUUCAAACUCUGACCUUGCGCAGGGAGAAAGGAGCCAGCAAGGGAAUCAGCACUGAGUUGCCAGGAGCCAAAUCAAUCUACAUAUGUGACGGUGAGCUCUUCAAGCAGCUGGACAGAGAGAUGCCAAGAGGGGGCGGUGAGAGCAGCAGCUCAGAGGGAACUGGCAAUGGAUUAGGAUGCGUCAUGGUUCCUCCCAACAGCACAAACACGAAGGCUGCUAAAGGGAUUGAGGAGCAAACAUCAAAGUACAUUGGUAUGGAACAACUGCCGCAGACAAGGCUUAUCCACUUAGCCAAUCCUGCCACUGACGAUCCAUUGCCCAACUUCGGUCUGAAGACCCUGCCAGCCGACCAGGUCAGUGUGUCCUGCUCCGAAAGAGAGUCACCUACGCACAACCUCCGAAGUGUGCCCAGAGACUUGCAAGCAACCAACACGUGUGAGGCAGGGAUAUCCAUGAGUGAGAUGAUUUCCACUCUGUCAAUGAGCUCGCUUGAGAGAAGAAAAUCGCGAUAUGCGGAGCUUGACUUUGAGAAGAUAAUGCACACCCGGAAACGCCACCAGGACAUGUUUCAGGACCUGAGCAAGAAGAUUCACAGUGCUGACAAGGAUAGAGAGUCUUCAACUGUUGAUGGCACAUCUACAAAAAGAUGGAGUGUGUCCUCUACCUGCAGCGACAAGACCAACCUGAGUGACAAACAGCUCACUCCAAAUAAGAGAGCCUGGGAGGGCAUCCGGAAGCCACACUCCCCACCAUCCUGGGUGAAGAAGGACCUGGAGACAGUUGUGCCAUCACCUCUGGAGAUGCAAACUGUGGAGUGGGAGAAGAGUAGCGCCACAAUUCCUCUGGUUGGCCAGGAGAUCAUGGACCUUCAGACAGAGGUGUAGGCAGGUCGGGUGACUUCUGUCCUACAAACACCACCAUCACUUCUACCCAUCCAUCUCAAGCAUACGAACAUCACACAACAUUAAUACAGACCAUGUUGAUUUGGAAGAAACCACAUCUGGGAGUGUGAGAGUCUCCACCACAACUCCUCUUGGACUGUGUCAACAAUUUGCCCUGGCCCUGCCUUGGCCUCUAUUGCUGGGACAACUACAAAUGACUACCUGUAUGGCAUAUGUUGGUGCUGUUUCUGCAUCACAUGUGGGGAAUAAGAUUACGGCAAAAGCGACAUGUUAAGGGGUGGCAAAUGUUUCUGUGCCUCAUCCCAAAGCCGUUCGGUUAUCCUUGCCUCUCAUUCUUUAGCUGACUCGCUACACAGUGUCAUACCUGUGAGGAAAGCGAAGAAGAGCCUACAGCAAUUGUAUGUGAGAACAUUAUUCAUGGACAUGUCAGAGAUACUGGAAAAUACCAAACCUGUACCCUCUCCAGCCACUCGUCCACCAUCACUCAUCUGUAAGGGUCUACCGAACAUGGUCCCUGUACAAAACAAGUGUGGACCUUCGUGUAGGUCUACUGUAGAUCUUACAUGAACUUUGAACAGUUUGCCAAUGCCAAUAGUUAGCGUGUUCUUGUGUGUGUAAUGAAUAAUAGUCAUGAUAAACUGAUGGGCUGGAGAGGUUCUGAUCCAGUAAGAUGACUUCACAGAAGCACAAGGCUCGCCCGGAGUCCUGCUGUACAGCAUUGUAAUUAUUCUAUAGUUCUACAAAGUGACUUUUAGCCUCUACAUACAGUAUAUUUCCUACUGUGCUUAAAGGGUAUGGUUAUUCUAAAUAUUAUUAUUCUGAUACUGACCUUCGACAAUGUUAUCAGUGUAUGUUUUUUGAUAUUCACUCUGUCAUUCGUCCUGAUCUGUACUUGUUUGAAAUCUCUUGCUGUGAACUCCUGAAUUACGCUCAUGUGACUCAUAUGACCUGGCCAAUUCGCUAGCCCUGUUGUCCUUUUGUCUAUAUACAGUUUUCUGAGCACAAUAUAUAUGUGUGUCAUUUCAAAUAAAAUUGUAAUUGGUAAAAUGGUUUCAAAAUCUUCCCAAAACACGAGCCAUGCUCAUAAUUGUUAAUUGUGAAUGUGUGUCCUGUGUCUGACUGUCCUUUCCAGGGUCAACAGUGAGCUACGAUUGGCUCCAGUGACUCAGGCUUGCAAGGAUUAAGCCACGAGGGAAGACAUGGCAUUUGCUUUUGCCAUACUAACCACUAUUGCGAACCCUCCCGCCCAGUUUUGUUUUUUUCCUUAAUGUUUAUACACCGGUAGAACCGAUAGCUUUUAUUCUAUCCAAAACCAGACGACAUGUCAGCUAACUCCUACAGUGAUACUGCAGAUGAAAUGAGUAAAAUCCUGCUUCAUUCCAGGUCUUUCUAGCACGACUGCUUCUCACCAACACAGUCCAGGGUCAGAAAAGUGAAUGAAACAACAGGGAUUCAAUUUCUAAGAUUUUACAUGCAAUUGAAUGAUAACAAAAUAUUCUUCUGCAAGAAGCAACGAUCAUUCAGCUUGAUGUGUUAAUAUAAUGUUGCACAAAUAGUUUCAAUUUCAAGAAAUAGUUUUUGUUAACAGCAGUGAAAGAAAAGAAAAACACAGAAAUACUGAUUCUUGAAACAUGUGCCGGGACUUAUCCUCAGUUGUUUUAUGUCUGAACUGUCGUUGACUGAAACACCAGAGAAAAUAAAUUAAAAAGAAAAGUCAUUGUGUGGCAGUUGUUUGUUUUUUGUUUUUGUUUUACCUCCUCCCUGCGCCCAAUAAAGGCCAAUAAAGUUCCUCUGAGAGUUUAUGUGUGACCAAGGUUCCACGGAAUACCAUUCCACACCAUCAAUCAUCAUGACACGAGAAGUGCAAAGAAGUAAAAAAAGGGUUUUUAGAACCUUCUUUCUUUUAGAACUAUCAAAUUGUAUUUUUCAAUGAUGCUGUGGUUCUAGAUCACACAAUUAAUAUGCUAUUAUAUGUUUUGUCUGUUUGAAUUCCUUGUGUGUCGCCCGUUAAUAUUUAAAGCUCUCUUCAGUCUCUGAAGAUUUUGAGAUAUCUAUAACUACAACAAUAACAAUAUAAACACCAACUUCAAUUGUCUCAAUUUAUGAUUCAUUGGCUUUUAGAAACUUAUUUCUGAAAAGGCCUCAGUUCAUAUUUGUGCUAUUCCGCAACACUGGCAUUAUUGUUUCUGGAGAUGUACAAAUGACUAAGCAGUUUUCCUAGUUUGUCAUGCAAAGGCCAUCUCACACUAAAAUUGACAUUCUUCCAAAUACAUUGGGUAAAUCACAGUUGACAGUUUUCUGCUUUCACCAAUUUUGAAAACAAUGAGCACCAAAGUAAUAGUGUGGGAAUAAAACCUCAAUCACUGAAUUCCUCCCUAACCUUUUCACAUGUGGCUAAACAUUUAUCAAUUUCUUGAAGAUUACCGCACUAUGCAUCAUCUUAUGAGGAUGUGUGUAAGACAUCUGGUUUGCAUGGACUGUGAUGAAGCAGCGCAGGAGCUGUCAUUGUGACUCCAACAGCUCCGUGCUGCAUACCUGCCAGCAGUGGUCAGAUCCUGGCAGGAUCCAUCUGGCAGAUCUAUUGAUGAGUUUAAAGACUGUUCCUUGUUUUUUUUCUUCUUCCUUUUUGUUUUACUUGUGCAUGGCGCUGUUAACUGUAAAGAAAAUGCAUUUUCUAUCACUCCAAUCAUGUGAAACCUCAUCCAGCCUCUCAGCAUGCCUUAACUCAACUGGUCCGCUCUCGCGGCCUGGCGUUCACGUCGACGAGGAUCCAUGUAUGCUGACAGUUGAUUUGGUUAUCUACCACUUAAGGUAUAUAAGGAGAACCAAAAGUUUUUUUUUUUUUUAAGGAUUCAUUGCUAUCAGUGUUUUAUAUCUAUAUACUAGAUUUUUACCAAGAAAUGCAGACUGGCAUGUUAGAUCUAUUUGAAGGGUUGCAUGAUUCCUGUUUUAAGGAAGCAUUAAUUUAGUGUUUGUUAUUUUAAGAAAGAGUGAUUUUAGCAUUAUUUGGCUGUGGUGGGAGACUAUGGUAAGAUACAAAUAAGGUUUACUACUUCAGCAAGACACUCUCGAAGGGUCUCCAGUCCUGCUCCACAGUGGAAACUGUCAUGAUCUGCCGAUAGUUUUGGCAGUGUCCUUCCUUGCCCUUGUCAUUAUCUUGCUCUCAGUUAAUGGCACGUGGCUAAUGGCUAGCACUCAUUUGCUGAUCAGAACACCUGCUCCCUAACGCCAGUGUCAAGGCUCCAGUCCCCUGUGCCCGAUCGUCCACUGUCACAUAUUGAUGAUUGGACUUUCUGUACUCUUGUGUUAUUCCUUGUGCAACACUUCCUGGCGCUUGAGCUUCAUUUGUACAGUAAUUAUUUGCGUGCAAGUGUUGACUGCCACAUUCCUUUUGUUCUCCUUCGUCUGUUUCUUCUUCUGUUAUCGUACAUGAGUCCUGACCUCUGCGUUACUUUCUGUUCUUGUUUUUAGACCAUUCUGUGUUUUCCAAAGCACGCGAUCAAUUGCCUGAUGUAUAACGUGUAGAAUUGCUGUAUUUGUUGCGCCUCUGUUACAAUUGCACGCUUGUGCUGAUCUUCUCGUUCGUUGUCUGUUUCCUACCACAGUUCUGUAUGUGUGUUUCUCUCCCAGUCCAGUGCCCUCCUUGGUUAUCCUUCUUGUGUGUUGUUAUUUUCGAUGUCUGUGUGAAUAAACUUGAUAACAGCUGUCUCGCUGAGUCUUGCCAUUUGUACCAUGGUCCAGCCUUGUUUCUGUUUCCGGACGCAAAUGUGCAAUUGUUUAUGGGGAAGGAUCACUGACAGCAAACUAUGAAAAAAAAAAAAUCAUCACAGGUGGCCAUAUACAACAUGCAAUCUACAAUAUACUUCCAUUGUACAAUAUACAAACAAUCUAUUAUUAUUAUUAUUAUUAUUAUUUUCUGAUAGUUAUUAAUUUUUAAGCGUUCAACAUCAGGAAUCAAGCUACAAUCAUUUAAAUCAGUAAUGAAACUCAGGAACAAGUGAGAUGAAGUAGAAAUCAGGUCUAAUCAAGACAUUGUUGAGAGGACUCCUGAAGCAGUUGCAAGGUACCAGUUGGUCCAAAGGGCUGUUCCUUUGGCUGUUGCAAAGGCUCAACAUCAGGCAUCGUUCGUCUUAGAUGUGUCACGAAGAGACAGCAUAGUCCUUUGUAGUAAAGUGGAACAGGGGGCUGGAGAGACCACAGAGGUGCUUAAAGCGACAAUAGAAGUUGUUCAGGUCCUGUGCAAGAGCAAGCUUGUGGGCAUGUGACCUGUAGUUUGUUACCACCUUAAGCCCUCUCCACACUGCAGCCGAGUCAUUGGCUGAGAACUGCUGCCUAAAUUUGUCAGAGA